AGGAACAGCUGACGCUUUCCUGGUUGGACAGCGCCGCUGACUUCGCGAUGCUUAAACGGAACUCGCCGCGUCCCCGAGCGCGCAUCUUCCAGACCAGGCGCGCGUCGCGGAGGAGAGAAGAGGCGCGCGCUCAUCUCCUUUUCUCCGGCGCAGAAAAGAAGUGUAUGGAAGAAUAAUGGGCCAGAUGUAAAACACCAAGUUUCCAAAGCUGGACCGAUUCAUAUGUCAAAACCCAUACCCACCAUGGCUUCUGAAGCAAGUUCAGUAGGAGAUGAAACCUCUCUUUCCACGUUCAGCCAACCCAAACAAGCAUCCUUGGUGAAAGUUCCCAGUGAACUAUGUUUGUAUGAUUUCCAAAAUCCAGUGCUACAGAGAUGCAUGGAACAAAUUACUUGUUUACUUAUGGAUGAAAUACCAAAAGCUGAAUAUGUCAGCUUGUUGAAUGACUAUGUAGAGUCAGAGUUUUUUCUGAUUGAUGGUGAUUCAUUAUUCAUCACUUGUGCAAGAGAACUAACAUUGCAGCGUGGACAAAACUUGCACUUUUUCUACCUAGUUGAGCGCUUUCUCCUGGAUUUAACAAGCAAAGGAGCAAAAUAUUUCAUUGUUUUCUUCAAGGAUGUAGAACAUAUGUAUUUCAGAAAUCCUGAUUUCCUUUCUUUGCGUAAUGCAUUGAUCAUUCAUCUGAGAAAGAACACUGAAAUUCCUAUACAUACUGAAUUUUCGAACUGCUUAGAGAGUAGUUGGCAGCAAUUUCUGCAAGACAACUAUCCGUAUUUCUUAAUAGUCGCUGAUGAAGGGUUGGAUCAACUGCACACCAAUUUCCUCCAUGUAUUUAUUUUGCAUACUUUGUCAAAGAGAGUCAACAUUGUGCUUACUUCAGGCCAAGAAUCAGAUGCAAUCAGAGUUUAUGGAUACCACAUCAAUAGUCUGUUCAAAUAUCAGGCACAUUUUAAACAGCAUGAAAAGAACCUUGAACGUUACUGUCAAUCACUGGUUAAGUACUGGAAGGAAUCUGGUACAAAAGUAUGUGGUUUUCUUUGUGGAUGUGGAUGUCGAAGUCUGGAUGCUUUGGCAGGAAAGGCUUAUAGAAAAUUUGCCCAAUUCCAGAAGGAAACAAAAGAUCUUCGGUAUGUUGUCUGCAUCAUCACCUGCUCACUAGUCCUGGAAACACACAUGCAAGUACUAGAAAGACCAACUAGCUCUGCAAAAGGGAAUGAGAAGAAGAAGAAGAAGAGUUUGGAUGAGAAAACAGUGUUAACCCUGGAAGAUGUUGGAGACCUUCUACGGAUGUAUUGCCUCAGUGUGGUAUUCCUACAUCAUUUGCCCCUUUCUCAACGAUCGCGGGUGAGAUUCAUCAAUGCCUGCUGGAAUGAGGAAACUUUGAGAUUUAUGCAACAGUAUAAACUUUGUGAAUUUCAUGUUCUUCAAUGCCUUGCAACUCAGGCCUUGAAGAACGUGGAUUUUUCUACACUGCCUGAUUUAAGUGAUGAUCUCCUGUUGAAGAACAUUGCAUUUUAUUAUGGACUGGAAAAAGGCCCAGGGUUUGAUUUGGAUACAGGAGCAAAAAUGAAUAGGGACUAUGAACUUUUGUGGAAACAUAUCACAGAACUCUCUGGAACAUGUGAUUUUGGAGCACCUUUUCCUCUACGAAGAACUUCUACAACAUUUAUUGAGGAAAAAUGUUUAUCUGGAAAAGACAAGGAAUCGAAGAGGAUGUUUCCUAAACCUGGACUUAUACCAGUGAUGAAUACCAUAGUGGAUGAAUUUGCUGGGAAUAUUUUAACUGAACUGCCAUUUUUAAAAACUGAUGAUCCUGUUAUUACCUCGCUUAAAAAACAAAAAGAAUUCGAUGAACUCCUGCACUGGCAUUCCGGAAAGCCACUCAGUGAUGAUUAUGACAGGACAAGUGAAGGAUUUUGGGGAGAAAAGAAAGACCGACGGGCCUUACGACAGAAUCAAAAACUGCAAACCUUUCAACGAUUUUAUGGGGAAUCCCUAGAAGGCACAAUUUCGAAGAAAAUUGCUCCUCAGCCAGAUUCUCCAAAGAAGGCUUCUUCUUAUGCUACAAAAAGCAAGAAAGUCCAAAAGACAAAAGCAGAAAUUAUUAUUGAGGAGAACCAGAAAAGGAAAAGAGCAGAAGAAGAGAGAAAAGAAGAGCAUCGCUGGAGAGCCCUUUCAGUGACUAUUGAAAACAACAUUAAAGAAAAUAUGGCCUCUGGAAUUAAGAAUCUAGAAGUCUUUCUGGGAAAAUGUCAAAGUGCAUCUGUGAAAUGUAGUGCUGAAAUGGCAGCACUAAAUGUUUGCUUUGGUUUGUGGACAGAACAUUGCAAAGCAGCAGGUGAAACUGAGAAAAAAUUUAAUAUAGCAGCUGAAGUGAUGAGAAGAAUCCACUCACUGAUUGAAAAUUAUGACCAUAAGGAUUUAUUGAAUGAGACAGAUUUCCACCAGAUUGCAAAAUGCCUCUGGUACUUUGGAUUUGACAACUUGGCAACUUCUUUAAAAUAUAUCAAGGUAUCUGAACAAGAGAGAAAGGAACUUAAGCAAAAGCAUGCAAAAUAUGCUGUUGGCAUGGGGUCCUCUCGGUUUCAGCUACAGUACAUGGGCCACUAUCUUAUGCGAGAAGAAAGAAAAGAUCCUGAUCCCAGAGUGCAACACUUCAUUCCAGAUUCAUGGCAGAGAGAACUUCUUGACAUUGUCGAUAAUAAUGAAUCUGCAGUAAUUGUUGCUCCGACAUCAUCAGGAAAAACAUAUGCCUCUUACUAUUGCAUGGAGAAAAUCUUGAGAGACAGUGAUGAAAGUGUGGUUGUGUAUGUUGCUCCUACAAAGGCUCUCGUUAAUCAAGUGUCUGCAACCAUUUUUAAUCGAUUUGAUAAAGCACUUCCAUCUGGUGUUGCCUUAUGUGGUGUUUUCACUCGAGAAUAUCGUCAUGAUGCCUUGAAUAGCCAGAUACUGGUAACAGUCCCUCAGUGUUUAGAAAUCCUUCUUCUGUCACCUCAUCGUCAAGAAUGGGCCAAGAAGAUACGAUACGUAAUAUUUGAUGAGGUCCAUUGUCUUGGAGGUGAAAUUGGAGCAGAAGUUUGGGAGCAUCUUCUGGUUAUGAUUCGAUGUCCAUUUUUGGCUCUCUCUGCAACCAUAAGCAACCCCAAACAUCUUGCUGAAUGGCUACAGUCAGUAAAAAGAUACUGGCAACAUACUGAAGCUGUAAUAGCACGGAAUUCUAACCAUUCCACUUCCGUUAAGAAAGGAGUUAAAGUGAAGCAGAGUGUCAGAACACAGAAAACAUCAUACAAAGUUAAGUUAGUGGUAUAUGAAGAGAGAUACAAUGAUUUAGAAAAGUAUGUAUGUUCCCUGAACAAUGAUGACUUCACUAUCCAUCACUAUCAUCCCUGUGCUGCAUUAACUGUGGAUCAUAUUGAGAAGUACGGCUUUCCCUUGGACCUUUCUCUUUCUCCCCGAGAAGCUGUCAUAUUGUAUGACAUUAUGGUAAAGGCAAGGACAGACUGGCCAAGGGCGAAUGAACUGGAUCCUGAGCAGUUUUUUAAGGACAAAAUGGUCAUCACAAAGGCUGAUUCAAGAACUUAUGAGAAACAGCUGAAAGAAGAACUAGAAAUGUGGAUUAAACAUGGUUUCAGUAAGGAGGCAAACAGAGUGCUGCAGCUGCUCAAACCUCAAUCUACUUUUUCUUCUGAAGCUGCGAUGAGAAAACACUUUCCUCAUUUUGUUGACAAGCUAAAACGGAUGGAUAAAUUGCCUGCACUAUUUUUCCUAUUCAAUAUUAAAGAAGUGGAACGUUUGGCUCACAAUGUCUGCGAAUUCUUAAAAGAGAAGCAAAGUAAAAAGCCCAUCCGAGCUUCUGGAAAAGAAGAAUGGCUAACAAAAAAAUGUAAAAAGAGAGAAAAAUAUUUAAUGGCGCAAAAUGACUGUGAUCGAUCACAGGGAAAUGUUGAAAAAUUGUUUGGUAAAUUAUCUGUACUUCUGUGUAGUGACACUAAACAAGUCCGUAACUAUGGCAAACAAUUAGUUUGGGAAGCUGAGCUUGAUAGCCUAAGGAAGCAACUGGAGAAGAUUUCUGAAACUCCUUCCGACUGUACCUAUGCAAAUGAACAUGCUGUUGAUGAUGAGACUUUGAUCAAGAUAUUUGAUCGAUUAAGAUACUCGAGAAAGAAAAUAGAACUGCAAGGCUUGGCACUAAGAGGCAUUGGGUAUCAUCAUUCUGCUGUGGACGCCAAAGGGAAGCAAAUGGUGGAGAUGCUUUUCAGAAAGGGAUAUCUGCAGGUGGUGACAGCCACAGGAACCUUGGCUUUGGGAAUCAACAUGCCAUGUAAAUCUGUUGUUUUUGUACAGAAUUCUGUAUAUUUGGAUGCUCUGCACUAUAGGCAGAUGUCUGGACGUGCUGGGCGACGAGGUCAAGACUUUUUGGGUGAUGUCUUUUUCUAUGACAUUCCAUUGCCUAAAAUACAGAAGCUCAUUAAAUCUAAUGUUCCUGAACUUCGAGGACAGUUUCCUUUGAGUAUUUCUCUGAUACUGAGACUCCUGCUGUUGGCUUCAAAAGCAGAUGAUAAAGUGGAUGCGGAAGCCAAGGUCCUGUCGAUACUGAAGCAUUCACUUCUAGCCUUCAAACAACCAAGGGCCCUCAAGAUGUUAAAGUUGUAUUUUUUGUUUUCAUUACAGUUUCUUGUGAAGGAGGGAUAUGUGGAUCGGAAAGGCAAUACUACAGGAUUUGCUGGACUUGUGACUCAUUUGCAUUAUCAUGAACCUUCCAAUAUUGUACUAGUUGAUUUUCUUGUGAAAGGCUUAUUCCAUAAGCUGUGUCAACGAAGCAAGGAAGGACCAGAUGCUUUCUCUCAGGAUGUGAUGGAAAAGCUAGUGCUAGUAUUGGCACAUCUUUUUGGAAGAAGGCGGAUACCAGCUGCUGUUCUUAAUUCUAGAAGGACAUUUUACCAGUCAAAGGUGUUUCUUGAGGAUCUCCCUGAAGAUUUUGCUGCUGCUUUGCAUGAGUACAACUCCAAAAUAAAAGAGAAUUUUGGACAGUUUCUGCAGAUAGUUUCCACCAUGGCUGAUAUGCAGCAAGAAUAUAAACUUCCACUUUCAGAACUUGAUUUUUCAAGUAAAAAACCAUCUGACUCACCGCUUGCAUCUCACUUAAUGAGCUGCGAUGAAGGAAGGACAGCAGUUUCACCGUUUGUGUGCCUGUCAGGAAAUACAGAAUUUGAUUUGCUGCACAAAGGCUCUGUCAACAAUGUUAUACUGCGCACAAUAGGCAUUAAUGGUGCAAACAUUCCAGUCCUCUAUUCAAAGAUAUGUGAUAAUCAGGGAAGAAUGAUGCCACUUAAUGCAUAUGUGCUCGACUUCUAUAAACAUGGAUCUCUGACAGCAAUGGCACAGGAUAACAGUAUACAUGAAGGAGAAGCCUAUGCUUUGUUGAGAGACUUUGGCCUUGUUCUUCGAGUUAUCAGUGUCUCUUUGCGUGAACUUUGCGACAAAGAGGAUGAUAACGUCGUGUGCGCCUUUGAACAAUUAAGUCAGAACUACUGGUCGAAACUGGAUGUGGUGUAACUGGAAUAAUGCCUGCACCAAAAAUAUGGUGCUUUGUAAGAAGGGAUAACAGUUCACAGUUGUAUCAAGUAGACACCAGUGAUUGGUUGAAUGGAUAUGUAGUAUCUGUUUGAUUAGGGGUGCUGCCUUAAUGCGAAUAUUUAAUUUUAAAGAUUUUAGAAGGAUCUGGUAUGCAAGAGGGAGCAGCAACAAAAUGUGGCUGCGGAGAGUACUCCUGUUCAGGGUCCCAGCCAGCCAUGCCUUCUUUAUGGGCACUACACACCUUUCUCCCUUGCCUUCUGUCUCUCCCUCACACCCCUCUACAAUUAUCUUCAGUGGCCUACAGCCACUUACCAA